CUCACCUGCAAGAGAGUCAAACAGGUGAUUUGAAGCACUCGGAGCAUUCUCCAUCCAAAGGUACUACUAGCGAAAGCUGAGUAUUACAUAAAAUGCUACCUUGUGGAAAUUAGGAAUGGCGAGAGAGACAUGUAUGACAAGUUGGAAGAUCUUCUCUCCAAUGCUGCGCGUCUUACAGAAGCCAAGAAACUCCUGACUUAUGCAAAAGUGGUGGAUGUUUGGGAGAAAAACGGACCUGUGGCCGCUAAAUUGUUCACGUGGAUCAAAAAUCAGGAGAAGAGUACUGAAAAAGGCGAACCGCGAAUGACUUGUGUUACCGAAUAUCGAAGUGUCACGUUGCAUUUGCCUGGCUGUGACAAGGACUUAAAGAUCGAUACCACCUACUUUUAUGAUUACCACGAUAAUUACUACAACGAGUUGAGAAUCCACGUAACUUGUGGAGAUUUGGAUGUAAAGUGGAACGAUUUCACCUGCAAUGGCCCAGAUGCUUAUCAGUAUUGGACAGAAGAAGAAGUUCUUGCAGCUGUUGAACCAAUGAAACCAGUGGUGAAACUCCUGCAGAAAGAGCUUGGUGACACAGUUCCUCCACUAACAGACCUAUUCUUUAUCUGGCUGUGUUACUUCUUUCCACUUGAGGAGGACUUGGCAGCAGAACAUAAACUCAGUUUUAAAGAUCCCUCCAGGAAUGACAAACCCACGUCAAGUCAUGUUCAGCCAGCUAUAGAUCUGUUUCACCAGAACCUUCAAGUUGACACCAAGUUGAAAAACCUAGCAUCUGGAUGGAAUAAUUCUGAGUCAAACCUCCCCAGAAUAAUUGCUGAAACUGUGGCUGUCCUAGUCCAAAGAUCAGAGAAAAAAAUUCUUGAAAAGCUUCAAAGGAAUGCUGAAAGCUUUUAUCUGAUUACCUCUGACUAUGACCUGAAAUUACUGCCCAAACCACUUUUGUUGGAUUUGUUUUUGCGAACAACUCUUGAAUUUAGUAAUUACGGCCCUGGUUCCAUCGCAAACAAGUUUGUACAGAGCAUCGCUUCGUUCAGGUUUGCAGAAGGUAAAGUGGUGAGAGUUUGGGGAGACUUUCACUGUGAUGAGAGAGGUGAAGGAUCAUGGGAUGACGAGUUGAAGCUCAAAGUCACCUUACGAGAUGGCAAGGAAUUGAAAAUGGCAAGCUACAGAUGCAAGGCAGAGUCUAUCGAAAUUGAAAAGUUGAGUCCUCUUACGGAGCUUUUUCAACAGGGUGUGACUAAAAGCAUGGAAGGUGAGAAGCACAUCCCCAAGUUAGAUGAUCGCUUUACAGCUUGUUAUCUGUUGCAUGUCCUGAAAUUUGGAAGAGAAGAUGAAUCAUUCUUUGGAAAGAAAGAUUUUAAGAAUCUGAUCAGUACAUGGUCUAGUGAGGAAGAAUCAUCUGAGGAGAGUGAAGAGGAACAGAGUGAUGAACAAUAAACUUUUCACUUAGUUUAUAGCUUGCAGUGUAGGCAUCGUGUUUGGGAAAGGUAAUCAUAAGCUUGUGAUCAUCUAUUGAAGCGCCAUCUUUGACUUGGAGUCAGAUUGGACAUAUUCACUCCUUCACCCUAGCCCCAGUCUCCUUAUUUUUGACUAUUGCCGACCCCCUUGGUACAAAUUUCUUUCACUCCCAAGCCUUUCACUGCCUUUGAAAUCAAAGAUGGCAGCCAUUUUUUUUGUAAAGAACAUACUGAGCACUCCCAAACUACACUUGCUCUGCAUGCUACUUAGUUUAGUGCUUUUUACAGUACUUUAUUUUUCCUUCAAAAUGACAGUUGAAAUUAAUCAACCUAGUGGUGCAUAAUUUAGUAACUGAAAAGACUAUAACUGUCAGUAAUAUCCUAAUGAACUGAGGUUUACUGUAUGCUUUAAAUUUAGAAAUCUUUCAUCCUAUGUAUAAUGUAGUUAUGCCUUUCAAAGGCAGUUACAUAAGAUGUAUUUUACUAAGUAAUAAUUAUACUUGUGCAGUUGAUGAUAAUUAUGAAAUGUUAAAUUCUUAGGAAUUAGGUGGAAUGCAGAAAGAGAAAAUAGCUCCAUUUGGCUGUAGACUUGUUCAAUUGUUAUAUUUAUCGAAAUAGUAUUUAAAGGGUAUUUAGACUGCAUAGCCUAACUCAAAAGUGGUACAAGACCUAGGUUCUAGUGUUUCCUAUUCAAAAUAAAAAAAAAAACAUCAAAAAGACCUGUUGGUAUUGUGUUGGCUGACACAUUGGCUGAUACCUUGAUGGGAUCAGAUUCUUUACCUUAACCAAAUUAGCUGUUAAAUUCUAAAGUCAACAAAUCUACAGUAAACAUUAAGGUCAUAAGAAGAGAGGAGCUAAUCACCAACUUAGGAAGCUCUUGAUUGCCUCUUUUUAACAACUUAGGAACAACUUAGGAAGCUCUUGUUGCCUCUUUGUAACAACUUAGGAACAACUUAAGAAGCUCUUUAUUGUCUCUGUAUCUAAAUUCUCCUUGUCAGAACCAGAGGAAAUGUAUAGAAAGUAGU